UCAAGAGGCUUUACUGUAUGUACAUACCGCAGUAGGCAUGUGAAUAGGCAGCGCGCCAUUUGGAAAUGUUCUAAUAUGGCUUAAUUUAAAUCAGCAUUGCCCUCAGUUUAGUGUUCUGGAGAGUAUCGGUUGUUCGCCAUUAAAAUAAAAUGUGAGCGCGUCUUUAAAAGGUUUCUUGUAUGGUUUCAUUUUUUUUACGUGAGGAAUAUGUGUGUAGUUAUUGAUAAAUAAAGUCGUGGAUAAUGGGUUCUGGAGGAAGUACAGAGGCGGGGAAUCAGCCUCAUGAUGGGGGGUCGAAACAGCAGCGAGAUGACCCCCGGGGGAACCAGGGACGGGAGGGGCAGAGGACAGCGAGGAGUGAUUCUCCAGUGAAUAACAAUACUCCGAGAAACGCGAAAACGAAAUUCAUCAUAAAAAAGGACACGAAUAGUGAUAUCACGAACGAUCUGGACAUGGACUCCAGUUGGAAGAAGGAUUCCAUGCAGAACAACAACCAGGAAAUGAAGAAUAACGAAUAUAACAAGAAACAAAACAUACAGCACAGCGUCUUGCCCCCGCGACUUCCCACUCCCCCGGAAGAUCUCCCCGAAACUUACGCCCAGAAGAAGUUCCGGGAACAGUACCGACAGACGGAACUUCUCCGACAAAAGACCAUCUACAGGGACCCCGAGGAAUGGGAAUUACCGGAAAAACGUGGAAGUGUAGAAAGUUUUGAUGUUUCCAAGUUCAAAGCUGCCAAUGCUAGCUCACAGGUACAAAAAAGAGAGAUAUUUUCCAUGACACCUGAUUACACAAAACAGAAUAGACAUACCGACUUGGCAGACGAUUUGUAUCAAACUCCUUCCCUCCAGAAACAAAAAAGUAUUCCAAAGUACGACGUUUCAGAAGAGGAGCUAAUGGCGGAUAUAGAAAAACAGUUCAUAGACUGACAUUAAAGUUCUUAUCUUUACGUUUGAAAUUAUGUAUGCAUGAUGGGAUAUCAUAAACACACGCCAUGUUGUUAUCAGUUAUCUUCUCUGUAGAAAAAAAUGAAGUGGGUAAACAACAAAAUUGUUCCGAAAAGCGGGCCAGGAAACUAUGGACUGCGUAAACCCUUGGGUGUUAACCUUACGACAACAAUUAACUUCUCACCACCCGAAUUUUAAAAGGAAAACCACCGGAAAUUUUGCACUUGAUCACAUAGAUUGGGAGUAAGCAUUACACAUUAAAUCGUCUUGUACCAUAGACAACCAGGAAUGUGGGAAAAACAAUUGCUCCACCCCGAUAACUCACAAUUUACUCUUUAUUUUUUUUUAUGCAAAUGUCAUCUUUGUUCAGUUUCAAUAUGUUAUGCACUAUUGGUCUAUGAAAUACUAUGCUAUGGGUGAUAUAAAAAAAAUCAUCAAUUUUUAAUAAACAUUAUGGAACUACUGUUUGAUAAUUUUAUUAUGCAUGCAUUUUGAAAUAAUCACAGCUGUCUAUAGCACCCAUAUUUACUAAAUUUUCUGUUAUGAUGGCAAAUAAUAACUGCAAGAAAUACCUCGUAGUAAUAACUCAAGUGGCAUUUAGUUAGAAAUCUAAUUAUUUAAAAAUGACAAUUCAUUGUACUUGCACGUAAUGCAUAUUUGUACAUGUUAUGGCAAUAAAGGAUUAUUUAUUCUUGAAAA